GUAAUUAUUAUAGUCGAUCGAAUAAAACGAUAGCAAUGUGGUCCAAACAUUGUUGCAAAAGUCAAUCGGAAUCAUUGUCCGGAUCUAUAAUAAAAUCAGCCGGAUCGGUAAAAAGCGUGUGUCACUCAAUGCCUAAAAGCCUGGAAUUUGUGAUAUCAUACAGUACAAGGGUGAUGGGAUUUUUCAUUGGGGUAUUUACAUGGGUGAUUGUCACAUUGCCCACCUGACAACAAUAGGUAAAAAUACGUUGUUAUCGUCGCAAAGUCACGGAAUUAUUGAGAUGACGGACUUGGCUUGCGGCGGACAGUACAGAAUGUGCCGGGUUAACAACCUGACCGAGUACGCUAAAAAGAAAAACUAUCCAGCUAAAUCACGGGAAGAAAUCAUGGCAAAUAUCUACACUGGUUUAUCGGCUUUCAAGAAUAAUCCCAAUUACAAAUACCACCUACUAUUCAAUAAUUGCGGGCACAUGGUCACAUUCUGGAAAUACGGCGUGGCGUUUAACCCUGAGGUGCAUCUGAUCUCAUAG